CUCGGUCGUACUCGGUGGCAAGAGCGUGAACAGGCCUUAAUUCUCCGGUUGGGCCGAAGACCUCCCUUUCCUGCACGGCGUAUAUGGCUCGUAGCGUCUGUGGCCGUACAUCAGAAGACGCCCGCCACACUCUGAGGCUUUGGGAAGAUUCCUUUGCGAGCUCGCGAUCUUAUCUGGCCAGCCAAUCUCGAGAGAGAGAGUGCGUGCUCGGCGAGUAUCAAUACAGUCUGCAGUACCGCAUCCGCGGUUGGGGGUGCAACCGUCGAGCUAACUCAAAUGCGAAGGGAAAUCAUGGCAGCAGUUAUCGCAGUGGUGGCCUUCCUCCUCCUAUCUCUGGGUGCUCGAGGAGAUAAACCUCCACCUAACAUUCUGUUUAUCGUGGCCGACGACCUAAGGCCGACCCUUGGGUGCUACGGAGACGACUUGGCUCUGACGCCGGCCAUCGACAGCUUGGCUCAAGAGGGCGUGCUCUUCGCCAAUGCUCACGCUCAACAAGCCCUGUGUGGUCCGAGCCGGACGUCGUUCCUGACGAGCCGCAGGCCAGACAGCCUCCGCCUGUACUCCAACCAUGGUCACUACUGGAGACGUGCAGUGGGCAACUUCACCUCGCUCCCUCAGUACUUCAAGGAGCACGGCUACCACACGGUCAGCGUGGGCAAGGUCUUCCAUCCCGGUUCUAUGUCUGGCCACCACUACGACUAUCCUUUCAGCUGGUCCGAGGAACCCUACCUCCCGCCUUCCAACAAAUACGAAAACACAAAGGUCUGUCCCGACGUGGACGGGAACCUCGAGGCGAACCUUCUGUGUGCCGUCAACGUGUCCAGUCAGCCCCUGGGGACCCUCCCGGAUUUGGAGAGCAGUCAGUACGCGACAAAGUUCCUGCGCCGCUGGUCAUCGAGCGACGGUAGACGCGGAGGUGCUCGAACGCCCUUCUUCAUGGCCGUCGGAUACCACAAGCCGCACAUCCCUUUUAGAAUUCCUCAAGAAUAUUUAGGGCUGUACCCGAUGGAGUCGAUGAGUCUGCCGCCAGAUCACGACCGGCCUACCGGACUUCCGGAUAUAGCCUGGAAUCCUUGGACGGACCUUAGGAAACGCCACGAUGUGGCGUUGCUCAACGUCAGCUUUCCAUACGGACCGAUGCCCUUCGAGUUCCAGAAGGAUAUCCGCAGGCACUACUACGCCGCCGUUUCGUACCUGGACUCCCAGGUGAGUAGCCUCCUCGACGUCCUCAAUGAGACUGGGCUGCGGAGGAACACAUGGGUCGUCUUCAUCGGAGACCACGGCUGGGCUCUCGGGGAGCACCAGGAGUUCUCCAAGUACAGCAACUUCCGUACGGCCACCAGAGUGCCGUUCAUUGUGUCUCCGCCACCGUCAUCGGAGCCCGAGGUGUCUUUCCGGGAACCAGGUUACUCCCGACACGGCCGUUCCCCGGUGGACACCAUCGUGGUGCAGGAGCCCGUGUCUUUGCUGGACCUGUUCCCUACCCUGGCGUCCCUGGCAGGGCUUCCGGUGCCUCCCGACUGCGGUUCCCCGGGUGCAUCGACCGAAACUUGCACGGAUGGAGUGAACCUGGACGACGCUGUGAGACGCCAUCAAGUCCUGACCCAGUAUCCCCGGCCCUCGGUCGAGCCCCAGACGAACAGCGACCAACCAGACGCGGAGGAUAUCCGCUUCAUGGGCUACUCGGUGCUCUCGGUCGACUACCGCUACACCGAGUGGCUGGGCUUCAAUGCGACCACGGCGUACCGAAACUGGACCGACCUGGUCGCCAGGGAACUGUACGACCUCCGGAAGGACCCACGGGAAGAUCGCAACGUCGCAGACGACCCCGCUUACGGGAACGCUGUCCGGACGCUCUCUGCUGAGCUCAGGAGGCUCGUCGGUUCUCCGUAAAUCUGGUUCCGCGGAAGCGUGUGUGGAAACAGGGGCGGAUCGAAGUGGUGGGGCGACGGGGGCGCGCCCCCCCCCCCCCCCUUCCCCCAAACAAAGUCGACCCCCUCUUCUCCCCCCUUCCCGGAGGAAAUUUGACAUGGGUGAACCACCCGGUGCACAAGAAAGAAUGGGCGAAUGGUAUCCUUUCCAAUUUUCCGCCCCCCCCCCCCCCCCCUCAAAAAAACAAAAAAAAAACGGAGUUUUGGAUCCGGUCCUGUUGGGAAAGGCUAGGGAAGUGAUUAGUCAACAGCUCGAUUUCGGAUAUCUGAUUACAGGGAAAGGGGCGGGGGGGGGGGGGGGGGGGGGGAGAGAGAGAGGCGGAAGGACCGAGACUUAUGAUUCUCAUACAUCGCACAAAAUUCUCGGUGUGACAGAAUCAUCUGCCGCCUCAGGCACGUUCGAAGCGCUUCAAAUAUGCUUGCUGCAUGCGAAAAUGCCUGCUGACAGCUUUUUUUUUUUUUUUUGCUUGACAUGCACCCUUAGCGAAAAUGGAAAUAACUUAAAUAUAUUUGAAUAUAUUUAAUACGCAUAUUUAUUUUAUAUUUGGACGCCAACAUUCGACAGAGAUCAGUCUGGCUGGUGGAAUAAUCAAAAAUGGAGGACGUCCAACCAAGCCCUAUUUGGGAACCCUACGUUUUGAUGCCUACUCGGCUGUUCUUUAGGUGUGACUAUGGCGAUGGCCACAGUCACCCUGGUAUUUUUAUGGUUUUAAAGCCCUUCAAUUUGAACAAGUAAAGCGCUAGUACGUGUGCUGGCUUGAGAGGGGAUCCAGACGCCCCACGAGCCAAUUAAUAUUGACACUUGGACGAGUUAUGCCAGGAGCAAAGAAAUCGUCUCCCUAAAGAAAAAGCACAAGGUGUCAUUUAUAGGAUUCCAUGCGCGGAUUGUCCAGCGUAUGCCCGUACAUGCAUGCGUUGGACAAUUUCGGGAGAGGAUCUGCCAACAACGAAACGUCGUUCGCAAGUUCAACCACGAGCGAAGCGCGGCUGCUAAACACCCCGACGUCAAAGACCACCUCAUUAAGUUAAAGAACACCCGCAUUCUCUACGUUGAAACCAACCACCGACAGCGAAUUUUCUUGGAGUCAUGGCACGUACAAACUACGCCAGAAAACAUAAAUAGAUCUCUCGGCACUUCACCAUCUGCGCACGUCCACGGGCUUCGAGACAUGACCAACUCAAAAAGAAAUGCACCACCGUAAAAAAAGAGAAAAACAAAAACGCUGCUCCUCGGCGGCCAUCCCCAUAGUCACCCCUGAAGAAGAGCCGAGUAGGCAUCGACAUGUAAAGUUCCCAGUUAAGGCUUAGUUGGGCGUCUUCCUUUUUUUUUUUUUAAUUUUAUAUUAUUUCGUAUAUUUUGUCCAAACUCAAAAUUAUAAUACAAAUGCAUGACUACUGAACUCGAAAUAUACUUGCCAUAUACAUCGAACGUCUGCCAGAAAUAUGUGAACAUAUCUUUGGUUUUUAUUUAAGAAUUGACCACAAUUAUGGCGACAAAUAUUUUAGAUAUUUUGCAGUAUCACAAAUUAAUAAGCAUAUUUUUCAUAACUUUUUAAAAUAUUACCAAAAUAUGGAAACAUACUUAUAUAUUUAUAAAUAUAUACCAACAUGCGUAAAAUAUGUAUUAAAUAUACUAGAACCGAGACUGGAAUAAUAUGCAAAAGAUAUAUUUUUAAUGUAUAAGGAACGUAUUUUAACUAUUAUAUAUGGUUUAUUUAAAGUUAAUUAAAAGUGCACUUAAGUUACAAACGUCAAAUAUGCAUGACAUGUACUACUAAAUUGGUAUGAUUAUAAUAUUCUUAGAGUAGUGCCAAUAAUGUGUGACCAUCCAACUCAAAAAGAAAUUUCGCGCUGGUCGCCCGCUAAGAAAAUCGGACUUUUAGAUGCACAGUAAGGAUAUUUUUGCUGUUGGCCACUACACUCUCAAUGCUCAAGUUCAAAUUCGAGGUGAGAGCGUGUUUUAUAUAAACAAUUUCCUGUAUUUCCACUUUUUUAGGCCUGAAAUGUUUCACUCUAUCCAAGCUCCGGUCACAUUCCAUUUAUCUCCAAAACCAUACCUUAUAAUAAGCUUUUUUUUUUUUUCUUUUAACAAGUUUGAGCGGUUGAUUGUUUAUACAGCACCAAAGAGUCUCAUCUUAACGAGAAACACUCAUCACGAUGACGGUUCACCGCAUGUCUGGCGUGCCUAAUUGAGGGUGGGUCCGAAAUUCAGUGCCACUUCUUGCCAAUUGACGCUAAUUGACGGUUGCCUGACUUCCAGGCAUGUUCUAAAGAGUGACAAACUCUCCCAGUACAAAGGGCGCUGCUAAAAGGUUGUCUGUGUUGCCUUAAGACUACAUUUAGACGACGGUAUGGGACAGAAACGAGUACCUAGUCUUUCUUCAGAGUUUUAGGGGCGAAGCUCCUUAGGGUCGAGCGUUGUCCGUCCGGCUUUCGUGCUCACAUCAAUUGCCAUCCCAUCUGUCUUCUUAAAAAAAAAAAAAAAAAAA